AUGAACGCCACCGUCUUCCUCGACCGGUCCGCGCCCCGGAUCCUCGUCGCCGGGUCCAUCACCGGCCUCGAUCUCCAGGAGUAUGUCCCAGUCUCGCUCGUCCGCAGCGGCGUCACGUACGUCAUCCUCUACUCGAUGUUCGCGACGCUGCUCUUUGUGCUGCUCUGCGCGGUGCUCUUCAAGAACGGCCUGAGCCCGCAGAAGCGCCGGUUGCCCGUCGUCUGGGUGCUUGGUCUGGCCAUGUUGGCGGGCUUGCUCGGCUCGACGCUCAAUACGGUCUUUUGGGCCUACCAGCUGUUUGGCGACGCCAGCACGCAGAGCACCUACCGACUAUGGAUCUCGUCGACCUCGAUGCUCUACGUGACGCCCCUGAUCACCCACCUCGCCCUCCAGCUGAGGCUCAUGUCCUUCUACCCUGCCGCACUCGCCAGCCGCAGGAAGCGGCUGACCAUCGCCGCCUUCCCUACGCUCCUCAAGUUCGCCCGCAUCAUCCUCAUCGGCUUCACGCUGCAGCUCUCGUCGGACGCCUACCUCGGCAUGAGGAGUGGCUGGGCCGACGGCGGCCGGAGGACGGACACCAUCAAUCUCUGCAUCUUUGUGCUCCAGUUUGCCGACACCUUCUACGCCUCGUGCUUCUUGCUGUGGAAGUUCCACUGCAUGGGUCGCCGCGACAAGGACCUCAUGCGCGAGAACGCCCACUGGUCGCUCGCCUGGCUCAAGCAGAUCAUGUACGCGGUCGCGUUCGGCUACGUGCUCCCCACGCUCUACAGCCUGGGCCUCGUCGUCUGCAAGAUUGUCAACAUCGACCCCACCGACCUGGGCUACGUGCUCGUGGCCAACAUCUACGUCCAGGCCUUUGGCGCGGUCCUGGCGAUGCUCUCGCGCUCCCACCGGUGGCGCGAGGAUCGCUUCAUCAACAACUACCAGCCCGAGAGCAUCGGGCGGAUCCCGUCGCGCAGCCAUCGCAGCGACCGCGACCCGACGUCGUUCGUCUCCGUCGACGGGUACGGCUACCGCGGUGACACGCUCGCAUCGAUGCAGGAGGCCGAGGGGUCGGUGCCGGUCUCGUUUGACUCGCAGAGCAGCCUCAACGCCGCCGAGCUGGGCCAGGCGAGGUCGUCGAAGGCCAAGUCGAGGACAUCCGACUUCCGCCUCAAGCGCCUCAUGGGCGGCCGGUCGGCGUCGGAACACGCAGCGGCCGCCGCCAACGCCACCGCAGGCAGCCACUCGUCAGGCGCUGUCGGUCGCGACGGCGCCUCGCCACGGGCGCAACCGCGUGCGAUAUCGCCGGCGUUGCCGCGCCUGCCGACACCGACCGCCGACAGUGCCGGGCUGCAGCGGCUCUACACCGAGUUUCCCACCGACCUCGACUUUGACCAGCUGCAAGAACGGCGCUCGUCGGACGCGACCCUCAUCUCUGGAUCGCAGGCUGCCUUGAAGGGAUCCUGCGGAAAGGCGGCGGCGGCGGCGGCAGCGACGGCGGCAGCAGCCAGCGGCCAGAGCCCCGAGCGGCUCUCGUCGAGCACGUCGCUCUCGAGCAGCUCCCACGGUAGUCGACCCGGCAGCCGCGGUACCGACCGAAUGCAGCGGUUAGGCUCAAGUCGAUCCAUACCGCUCAGCGUCGCCGAAGAGGACCUGAACCAGGACGCCGCUGCGCCACCACCUGCACCUCGCGGCACCUGA